UCAAUUUGCCCGGUCUUUAGUUCAACUGAUUGGAUACCGAUGAUCCUAUUGAUAAGAUUGAGGCUUUUUCUUAAUGUUUGACAGAUUUAAAUGUUCAUUGUUUCAAUUGACUACAAUUAAUUAAUACUUUUUUCUUGUUGACAGUAAUUAAGUUAACAUCGAUCUGAUCCAUUCUCUAACCUAAUCCACAUCUUUUUGUCUCUUUGGUGUUACUCUCAAGUUACUCAUCUUCAAAGUGUUUUCUCUUUAUUUUUUUUACUAUUUUUUGGUUUAAGAAUUUGAUUAAUUGCAAGCAUGUCCGAAAUGCGAGAAUAUAUUGUAAUCAAGUUGAAAGAAAUGGGUUUCGAUGAAGCCAAAAUCGAGCGAGCUUGUAAUUCAACAACAUGUGAAUCUCUGGAUCAAGUCAUGGAAUGGAUUAUAACUGAGAGUGAACGAGAAUUCAAUCCUCCGGUUGAUAAUUCAUCUUCUCCUGCCACUGCCACUGCUGUUUCUCCUCCUUCCACUGACGCUGUUGGUGCUGAUGGUAGUUCACCUGCGAAAGAUUCAAAUUUACCAAGUGAAAAUGUCGCUGCCAAUUUGAGUAAAGGUUUGAACGAUGGUGUUGCCACCGAAGAGAAGAAAGUGAAAACUGCCGAAGAGAUUGAAGCGGAAAAGAAAAAACUUGAAGAUAAGAUUAAACAGAGGCGUUUAAUCCGAGAAGAAGAGGAAAGAAAACAAGCCAUUGAAAAGGAAAAGAAAAGACGGGAAACUGGAUCAGAGAUAAGCAAAUUUCGUGAACAAUAUGAGACUCAAGAGAAAAUUCGUAUCGCCCAAGAGAUAAGGAAGGAAAAAUUGGAGCGAGAAGCUCAUAAAAAUCCGUUCUUGCAAAUAAAGAAAGACAGGGAAGCCAUGAAGAGAGAAAAUCAAACAAAUACAUCGUCAAUACCCUCUACAAGUGGAUCGACUCCUAGUAAAGUGACCAACACUGGAACAAGUGGGGCCAAUGCAUCCGAAUGUAAAUUGGCCAUUAGACUUCCGGAUGGAUCUUCGCUUAUUCAAAAGUUCACUCCAAAUGAACAACUUGCAGCGGUUAGAUUAUUUAUUCAAUUGAAUCGAAAGGAUCUCUUUGGACCGGAUAGUGCAACUCGACCAUUUAAACUUCAUAUGCCACCGAAUAAAGCGUUUACCGAAGAGGACAUGGAACGAACUUUAUUGGACUUGGGUCUUUGCCCGUCCGCUCGACUUUUUCUUACCGAUAUAAGGAGACCAUAGAAAUGGGAAAAUAAGCAUGAGCUUAUUUUUUUUUUACUAUUCUCUUGUAUUAAUGGCAUUUUAUACUUGCAAAUAGGUUGAAUAAAAUCUAGAAUUGAGUUAAACUGUCAAAUUUAACAAUUAAGAAGAUUAA